AUGUUGACAGAUGUGGUGGGUGAGCGAUUGCCCACGCAGAUUCUGCCUCCUCACAAUAGACUCGGAGAUGUGGAUCGUGCAUCGCAAUCGGGAAGCGAUGCGGACUCCAGUGGUGAUGAGGGACGAGACUAUGAUGCGCAGAACAAGAAGCGUAAAAGGUCGAUGAAAAUCUCCUGCGAAUUAUGUAAAGCGAGGAAGGUGAAAUGCGACAAGGAAGAACCUGCUUGCGGCUGGUGUUCUAGUCACGGAAGGCUUUGCGUAUACAGGGAGCGGAAACGUCCUGGUGUUCGCGCAACCUAUGAAAUAGACCUUGAGGAAAAGGUCAACCGGAUGGAGGCUAUGCUUCAACUGUUAGGUGCUAGGGUUGAAGACCACAUUGCAGGAGAUCAUGUCGCCAAAGUUCAAGAACAGCUACAGUCACCAGCCUGGUCUCAAGGACGAUUUCGCGCAACGUCCAUUAUUGAUGGAGAUCCGAGAUCCACACCUACACCAAUUCCAUCGUGGAGACCAGGAGUGUCGCGACAAGAGAGCAAUUACGGACGACCAUCUGACACUGUUUCGGUGCGAUCGCUUGCAGGAGAUGGAAGCGAUACUCCCUCACAGUCACAACAAUUCCAAUUCCAUGGUCGCCAAGCCGAUUCAGAAUCCGAGCUCCCACCUUACGAUCUGUUAUACUCCUUGGUCGACCUUUAUUUCAAGCAUGUUGCGACAUGGUCACCUAUUUUGGAUCGCAAAAACACUUUCGACACACUCUUCGGUCGCGCUGUCCUUGAGGAACCAGAUCGAAUAUUGCUUCAUGCCAUAGUCGCGGUAACUCUUCGAUUUUCUAGGGAUCCACGUUUGACACGUCCAUCGAGAAGGCGCUAUCAUGAUAUUUCAAAGCAGAAAGUACAGCUCUACGGACUUGAGAAUCCAAAUAUUCGCGCGCUCCAGGCUCUCGUCAUUCUUGCUAUCGACAUUUUAGGAACAUCUAACGGACCCCAAGGUUGGAAUUUGCUGGCUUUGAUUGCUCGGAAUGUUGUUCAGCUGGGCUUGAAUGUGGAGAAGAGUGUAUAUCUUGCCGCCACACCAUAUCCGUCGAUAAGCUGCUUACAGGCAUUUGCAGUAUCUCAACCAGCAUCAUGGACCGAGAACGAAGCACGACGUAGAUUGCUGUGGAUGGUAUACGUUCUUGACCGAUACACGACUGUCUCUACGUCUUUCAAUUUCACGCUUGAUGAUAGUGAGGUCGAUCGUCCUCUGCCCUGUUCAUAUGAUUUGUUCUCACAGAACGAACCUGUAGAGACAAAAUGGUUCCGGUGGCCAGAGGCGACAGAAACAGUUAUGAAUCAUCCCGACAAUCUCGGCAGUUUCGCAUAUCACUGUGAGGUGCUCCGCAUACUUAGUCGCAUACACAAAUUUCUCAACCGGCCAGUCGAUAUCACAAGCCAUGCUGAGGUACAGCAAUGGAGAAACACAUAUGUGGAGCUUGAUUCCGACCUGAAUUCAUUCCUGGCGCAACUACCAGGCGACUAUGGACGCAUCUCUCAGCUUUGUCAUUCAGAUCCUGCCAGCAAAAUUGCGAAUUGGAUUAUGCUUCACGCUGCCUUCGUUACCUCAAUUAUUCGACUUCACUCAGCGGCCGGAUAUCCUAUUGUCUGCUCCAGUGUCUUCAUGCCUUCUCAACAAGCAAUGCAUCGAUGUCUAGCAGCAGUAGAAAGUCUGCGAGCGAUUGCACAAGAUGUCAUGGAUUCAAAUGGACUCGACUUACUAGGCCCUCCCUUCGCCUUUUCUCUCUGGGCAGCCGCACGGGUUUUGUUAGUUCAUGCUGCAGCUACCGAAAGCACAGUCGAUCUGGAGAAAAUUGCCUUCUUCAUAUCCACUCUCGAACAAAUGGGCCACUAUUGGGAAGUCGCAGGACGAUACGCGAAGAUUCUUGAUCGCCUCGUCAACGAAGGACAAAAGGCACGAGAGACACAUUCUGGAACACAUCAACCACAACAGGUAAGGUCAUUUACAGCUAUGAGGAGUCUAGCGUAUGAGCUCAACCAGCUUGUCUCUCAACGGCCACGGUCUGUUCUGAGUCCCACGUCAACUCGACUGACUAGCCUCAAUGAGCUCGAAUAUCUCGACGUCUUCGACUCAUUCAAUUAUCCUCGACUACGUCCUGCCUCUCAGAUGAACGCGUCUUUCUCCAAGGUAAUGGAUGCCUCAAUUCAGAACAUCACUCGAUUUGAUGAGGCGAGAGUGCCGACCUUGCAUUCUGCCAGUUCGACCGGAGCACAUGCGGAUUGGCUUGGGUAUCGAGGUGAUGCAGGCUGA